AUGAAAACUUCAGAUUAUACUGUCUCUCUAGCGGAGGCUCAGGCACGGCUCCCUCCUCCAGUGGAAUCGAGUCGGUUGCUUAAACAAAUUGAUCAGCGGGUAGACCAGCUUCCUAUCCUCGUGGUUCUCGAUGACGAUCCCACUGGCACACAAACAUGUCAUGGAAUCAAUGUUUUGACGGUGUGGGAUGAUGCAACGUUGGUAGAAGAGUUCCACACAUGCGACCGUGGAUUCUUUAUACUCAGUAACUCGCGCGCGCUCCCUACCGCCGAAGCUCGCAGACUCAUAUCCGAAAUCUGUACGGCUGUGAAGAAAGCGGCGGUGCAGGCCCAGAAGACCUUUGAAAUCGUCUUACGCGGUGAUUCGACUUUACGGGGACAUUUUCCCGAUGAGCCCCAGGUUGCCGAGGAGGUUAUUGGGCAAGUUGAUGGCUGGAUCCUCGCACCGUUCUUCCGACAAGGCGGAAGAUUCACCAUUGACAAUGUCCACUAUGUGGCCGAUGCUGAAGGGAACCUGGUUCCGGCUGCCCAACCCAUUUUUGCAAAGGAUGCGACAUUCGGGUACACAAGCUCCAAUUUAAUCGACUACGUGGUCGAGAAGUCAAAUGGCUCAAUUCCCCGUCAUCGUGUGCAGUCUAUCUCUCUGCAGGAUAUCAGAGAGGGGGGUGCUUCUGCAGUGGCCAAAAAACUGCUCGAAUUUGCGCAAGGAUCUAUCAUCAUUGUCAACGCGAUGAUUGAUACUGACCUGGAAAUCUUUAUCCUUGGUCUACUACAGGCUAUAAGACCGAAGCCUCCUCUCAGUGUACGAGACUUGGGACUAAACACAGAGACGUCUUCUCCGGGUGGGCUGAUCAUUGCCGGGUCCUACGUGCUCAAGACAACCGAUCAGCUUCAAUCUCUGACUUCGGGGCGUGGGUCUGAACUAAAGGUCAUCACUCUGGAUGUGGGGGGACUGCUGCAUAGUGCUGAAAGCAGCUACACUACAGUACUUAAUGCUGCUGAUCUGGCUGGCAAGUAUGUUGUCGAUGGACACGACGUCCUACUUAUGACAAGUAGACGACUAGGCGGCAUCACUUCAUCAGAUUUAGCAACGACAAGUCUUCGCAUGCGACGUGCUCAAAUCAUUGGCCAAGCAUUGGCGGGAGUACCUAUUUGGCGCUGCGACGAGCCGUCCUCGAAGUUUGUCGGUAUCCCAUAUGUUCUUUUCCCGGGGAAUUUCGGCCACCAGGAAGCCCUGUUAGAUUUGGUUACGAGUUGGAAAAGCAAAAGCCCCGAGAAACGGCCAAAAAUGCAGUAUCAACGACUUGGCAGCAGUGGGUUGAAAGUCUCCAAGAUUAUUCUCGGUUGCAUGACAUUUGGCAACCCGUCAUGGGAAGGCAGCCCAUGGGUUCUUCCAGAGGCCGAAGCGCUCCCGCUACUGAAAAAGGCAUAUGACUGUGGCAUCAACACAUGGGAUACAGCCGAUACUUAUUCCAACGGGAUGUCUGAGAUCCUGAUCGGAAAGGCUCUAGAGCAGUACAAUAUUCCACGAAGUAAAGUUGUCAUCAUGACCAAGCUAUACUACCCAGUUCUUCCACCUGAAUCGAAUGCCCGACCCAAUCCUGCCGUGAACAAUGGCGACCUGGUUAAUCAAAUGGGGCUAAGUCGGAAGCACAUCUUUGACGCAGUGGACGCAUCUCUUACUCGGCUCAAGUCCAGCUAUAUCGACGUUCUACAACUACAUCGCAUCGAUGAUACCCACCCGGAGGAGGUCAUGCGCGCUCUACACGAUCUGGUUCAAAUGGGCAAAAUCCAUUACCUGGGCGCCUCCAGCAUGUAUUGCUGGCAGCUGGCAAGAUUACAAUAUGCCGCAAAAAUGAACAAUUGGACCACAUUCACUAGUAUCCAGGGUCUUUACAACUUACUCUACCGAGAAGAAGAACGUGAGACAAACAUGUUUUGUCAAGCUGAGGGAAUUGGUCUGAUUCCGUGGAGUCCUCUGGCACGUGGGCUAUUGGCCAGACCAUGGAAUGUCAAAACAGAUCGGUCCGUGAAGGAUGCAAAGACUACAAAGUGGUUCUCUGGUGAGCAGGACCAGAAGAUUGUUACAAGAGUCGAUCAGCUUGCGCGGUCGAAAGGAUGCAGCAUGAGUGCAGUUGCGAUGGCAUGGUUGUUGAGGAAGGGCGCUUGUCCGAUCGCCGGGUUGAAUAGUAUCGAGAGGAUAGAGUCGGCGUCGGAGGCGCUGACGGUUCGUUUGACUGAUGCUGAUAUACGCUUUCUCGAGGAGCAUUAUAGACCUCUUCCCGUGCAAGCGAUGUGA